AUGUCGAGCAGUGCCCAUUCACAACACCUCUACUACCAUGCCUCGUGCUCCAGAUCCCCAAACUCCCCGAGACCCUCCUCCCAACAGCUGUCCCGAGAUAGCCCUAAAGAACCCGCCCGGCAGACCCCAGUGUCGUCCCUCCUCCACGAGCGGCUCCAGAAGGAGCGUCAAUCAGAGAGCGCAAAGCUGGCUUCGUCUCGACUGAACAAUGAGUCGAACAACUCCCUUGACAAGAUGUCGAACAUCCAGAGGUCACCUACUAGGAGUGUUGGUCUCGAUAUCUCUAGGCCCAAUUCUGGUGCUGGCGGGGGAGAGCCGGCAGCAAGAAAAGGCCUUGGCAUCAAGGAGAUGGAGCAUGUUGUAUCGAGCCUACACAAGCAAAACUUCGACCUCAAGUUAGAGCUAUACCACCGCAGAGAAAGGCAGACCAUGCUGGAAGAGAACAUGGAAACCUUGCGAUCCGAAAAAUGCGCAGCCGAGGAGCUGAAUAAUAAACUGGCGGAGGAGGUUGAGAAGCGUGACAAGGCGGUGGAAGAAGCCGUUGCUAUGAUUGUUACACUGGAGGCAAGGAUUGAAGAGUUGACCAAGGGCAACUCUCACCUGGGACGGCUGGCCGAACCCCAGGGCCUUUUUAGCCCUCCUGAUGUUGACUAUAGUUCCCAGGGUCUUGCUCCCGCACCCGAGAUUAUCGAUCCUCGAUGGAUAGACUUUGACGGCAGAAGCAUCAACCGAAUGCCCAGCUUUCUUUCGGACCAGAGCGAGAACACCGAAAACCUCAGAAAUGUAUACAUCGGUGCUAGAGGCAGCCUCAUCAGCCUCCCUCGCGUGAGCGAAAGUGCAUUAGACAUGCACAGCGACCCAAUCAAUGGCUUGUCUAGCCCGACACUAAGCGUCCUGAGCGAGAGCUCCUUCGUCAGUGUCUACGGUCAGAAAGGUCAGGAUCUGACUCUCCCUUCAACGAUCGACGAGCCGCUUUCCCUUGAUGGUAUGACGCAUGAUAUGGGAAAGCAAGAUGGCACGGGCCGUUUGAGAGUCACUACUGAGGCUCGGCCGGUUGAUUCCCGCACAGAGGGCCCAACCUCGCGAAUGCACGGGUCGAGCCAGUUCCAGCCGAUAGCAAGCAUCAUGGGUGGUUCACCGUUACAGAAGAUUGAAAAGAUGGACCCAGGUUACUCCCCCAGGAGACAAACUCCCCAACCCACCAACCGCGCAAUGAAGCCGCCGCCGACGUCCGACGGCACUAAAGUUGCGCCGUUACACGGUCGUCGGGCUACUCUGGAAACGAAGAGGGAGACUCUGCGCAGAGUGAUCACUGAUACGCCUGGCGGUGUGAGCCUGCAUGAGUCUGGCAUGCCGCCGACUCCUGACACGAUAUCGAGCGCAACUCUCAAUCGUAUGAAGCAUUCCAAUGACACACUUGGCAAUCGCAGCUUUAGUGGUGGUUCAGAACGGAACGGGUAUCCCAUGGAAGCUGCAGACAAUAAGGGUGCGACGCCGACGAACAACUCCCCUGCAGUUGUUAAGCCUGCUCACAAUCAUAAACUGUCUCACAAGUCACCAGUACUUCAUACUGUUGACCCAUGGAGUCACCUUGCUCGGGAAAUCCAACGCCCUCGGUCAGCAGAUGAGUCGACUGUAUCCCACAGGCGGGAGAAUAGGUGGUCGAUGGAUAGCGCUGACACCGAAAACACCUUCGAGUCUAGCUUGGACAUUUGGCUACGAGCAGGUGGCGGCAAGGCCCAAGCAGAUGACAGAGGCGGCUCCCCAGACAUGUUCGGUUUCCCAGGCGGCCCCUCAAUGGGUAGCUGGGGAAUGAAUGCUAUCAUGGGUCAUGGCAAUGACCAAAAGACGGAAGGGAAUCACGUCGAUGGGAAACAGUUGGAAGAGUUGUUCUCAGUCCAGCAGGCGCUCUUUGGAACAGGCCCACCUUCACCUCCCAACAGGCGAUCCAGCCUACAGGCUCGCGCUGGUCAGAACAACAGUAAGGCGGAGCACGAACAGAAACUAAGUCAACAUGAAGCUGUACAGAAGUUUUUUGGCCGCCGCCCUCGUCAUGCGAGAACAAACAGCGACGAUGCCCAAAUGAGGGCUGGUAUGAAGACCCCAGUCCAGGCUCAGUUCUUCCAACCACCGAAGCAGUCUCCCAACUGCAGCCAGAAACGGCAGCAGACUCAAUACCCUCCCAUUGCGGGACAACAUGGUGCUCGGAACGGGCUUACUCGACUUUGGAGGCGAUCAUUUGGCGCUGGUGCUUCAUUGCCCCCAGCUGAAGGCCCCAUUCCUGACAACAGUGAAAUGCCAGCCAGGGAUGUACCAAAUGCGCCUCAGACGCAAACGAGUGUGAGCCGGAACGUUGCAUUGCUGGACGAUGACCGUUCGGGAGCGACACCGCCACCCAUCGCCCGUGAAGACCGACAUGUUCAGGGUCCUGGGUUAGAUGGAGAUGGGUAUAAGGGCGAGAUCCAGUCACCCACUAUGACUGAAAUCCAACCUAUCCCGCAAGGGGCUUUUGAUUCCUCGCAGCAUUCUGAGGCGGGCAACCUGCCCUCAGGCCCAGCUACUGGUGCUAGGAGAAAGUGGCUACCUGGAUUCGGUCGUGCAGGUAACCUGAAAGUGAGGACCAGCUAG